GCACGUACGUGCGUGUUGGGUGCGUGCGUAUGUGUGUGUUGUGAACUUACUUUGCCUACCAUUGUCAAACGAGGCGUGCGUGAAUUCGUGUGCUGUUGGUAGUUUCGAGUUUCUCUCGCACGGAACGGCCGUCCGUGUGUGUGCGCGUGUAUACGAGCUGGUCGCGUGAAAUUAAUGCACCAUUACACCACACAACUGAAAAACCGAUCCGCGAUCGUGCGUUUAGUGAACGUGUGCGUGUAUGUGCGCCAGUGAGAGACGACCGUAUAAAGGGUGGAAAAAGGCGCGCGCCCUGCGCUAGGGAGCAGAAAACAGAGGGCGGAAGGUUAGAUUUUCCCGUACAUAUUUUCAUCUUUUCCACCGCUCGCUUGCCUCAUUGGAUACGCAGAAGAGAAAGAGCGAGAGAAAGAUCGAGCGAGUGGGAGUGCGAGAUAGAGAGAGAUAUUACAUAGUGCGAGAGUAAAAACCCCUGUGGUAGUUGUGCGUGCGCGCUCCGUGUGUGCGCAAGGUUUUACUUUUUGAUAUUAUUUUCCCCUGGCCUGCGGUGUCAGUGGGAAAAGGGGUAGCGACGGUUGGUGAGUGCGUGCGUGUUUGUGUCGCAUCAGUGUGCGUGUGUGUGUGCUGUGCUGUAUGGUGUUGUGUUUCUUCACGAGCGUUGCGCUGCUACUGCUGCUGCUGCCAUCAUCAUCAUCUCUUCGACGCAAGUAGCGCGGUUGAACCGUGUGUUGUGUUGCAUUGCUCGGGCUCGGAAACUCUCGACCUAAUAGUGCAAAAUGGCCACGAGCGACGACGAACAUUUCCAUCUGUACGAGGUGUUUCAAAAUUGUUUCAACAAAAUAGCCAACAAGCAGCCGCCUGAAAAGGCAGGCUACCAAUCACCAUAUGGCGGCAUGGACAAUGGCGUGUACGCUCCGGAGGAAUACACGCACGAGAGUCCGGUUUCGGGUGGGCAGCGAUAUACGUCACCGAAAACGGGUGGCGCACUGUAUCAACCGGAACCGUACUACGAUUCGCCCGGCGGCUCCUGGUAUCCGUCGUCAUCGAGCGGAGCGUAUGCGCCACAUUCCGGCACGGGUUACCACAACGUUGGUCACGGUGCCCAUCUCGGUGGUGGUGCUGGCGGACCACAGCACAACCAUGACCAGUACGCCAUGUCACCGGUCGGCGUCCCACACAUGGAUGGUGGCCAUCUUUCACAGAAUCAAACGCAAACACUUCCACCGAUGAGCACGUUCCGAGGCAAUAACGCACAAAUACCGGCUAUUGGUACGCAGGGCCAGAACUCACCCGCAAUCUACAACGCAAUCGCUGCCGGCCAUCACAAUCAGCAUGCGCAACAUAGUCCAAUUGUACAAAACGACACCCUGGUCGGCAAGGCACUGCAGACGAUGUAUCCAACCGAUCAGAGCAUUAGCAGUUACGGUUCCAAUCCCAACACACCAGUGAACUCACCUCCACCACUAACGUCCCAGCAGCAGGCACAGCAACAAGUUCAACAGCAGCAGCAACAGUCGCAACAGCAAACGACACAGCAAAGUAUUCAUGCCGCCGGUACGGUGCCGGGCGGUGCGAGCGGCGCAAGCGGCGGUGGUGGUGGAGGUGGCGGUCCCGCUUCCGUCAGCGUUGCAUCGGCGGCCUCUGCGGCGGCGGUGGUGGCGGCUGCGGGCGGUACCUGGCAGCAGAUCAAUCCGGUGAUCAGCAGCAACGGUGGCGGUUCGGCCGUGCUCAACAGUCUAUCGAACGGUUCCUAUGCUCCCGAGUUAGUGCAUCGAGGUCUACCACAUAUGGCCAAUUCCCCCGAGAUACAGCCGCUAGACGAGGCGAUCGUGUCGUUACUAAGAGAGCAUGAAAACGUCACGUCCUUGCAAGGGUCACGCAUGGAGGAACGGCUGGACGAUGCCAUCAACAUUCUGCGGAAUCAUUGCGAACCGCCGGUCGGUGUAUCGCUGUCAUCGAUCGACCCUGCCGCCACCGUUUCGCCGUAUUCGACCGGCAGUGCGCCGAUCAUUCCACCUUCCUCCCAGCUGCAGCACGACGCACCGGCCGAACUUUCCACCGUCCCCGUGAAAACGGAACGACUCCCCGGCAGCGGCCCAGUGUCCGUGAACAACAUUUAUCAUUUAUCCUCAGAGAAACGUAAAGAACCUCCAGAUUCCGAUACCAAACCGAGCAGCUCCGUGCAGGGAACGGCGAAAGGUGCCAAACGGCAGCGCAAGUAUAGUAAAACCUCGCGCAGUUGUUCUAGUGCUGACGAUGAUGACGAUGAUGACGAUUUGGAUCCGCUUGCGAAGGAUCGGAAGGAGAGGGAGCGAAGGCAAGCCAAUAACGCACGGGAAAGAAUACGUAUUCGGGAUAUUAACGAAGCGCUGAAGGAAUUGGGACGCAUGUGCAUGUCUCAUCUGAAAUCAGACAAACCACAGACCAAGCUGGGCAUACUGAAUAUGGCUGUUGAAGUGAUAAUGACGCUUGAACAACAAGUGCGAGAGCGGAAUCUAAACCCAAAAGCGGCAUGCUUAAAACGACGAGAAGAGGAAAAGGCUGAGGACGGUCCCAAGCUACCUCCGCAUAUCCUACAUCAAUCAGCCUACCCUGCGCUACCUGGUGCUCCGCCAAGUCUACCGCAUAGUGGACCACCACAAUAGCAUACCAAUUUUACCUGCUUUAUUCGAAGAUAACAAACCCACAACACUAUUACAAAAUCCGCACACACAACCAGUCCAAAAUAAAGUAAUUAGCUGAAAAUAUGAUACAACAUGACGGCCUGUGAAGCGCAUCAAACCAGUGCGGGGUAUGGUUUUGCAUGUUUAGCCUAUAUGGAAUUACUUUGCCAACCAAUCACCUUACUUACUAGCGUUGGGUGUGCCGUGGACCGGGCAGAUGAUGGAAGGAAUCGGAAAAGUCAUGCACAAUAGGAAAAUGGAAUUAUAAAAUGGCAUGGUGAGGCACGGAAGCAUAAUUGUACAUAUUGACACGAACGAGAAAAUGCUGCGUGUGCGCGUGAAGUAGAACAAAACGUUGUAUAAACAGCAAGAAACAGAGAUGAAAUGAAAAUCACAAAAUGCAUCACACACAUGCAUGUACGUUUGGGCAUCACAUAACAUCACAUGAACAGUUGAACGCUCUCUCACUUGCUCCGGUAGCAGUACUGUUGGACAGAGGUGCGUAUCCGAGUGAGUGUAGGGGCUGUAUGUUUUAUACAGCUAGAAGAUCACCCGUAAGAAAUACUUAAACGCUAAUGUACUUGCUUCCUCCCAGAGGGGAGUAGCGGUGUGUAAAAAAUACGUUCAAACUUAUUGUUUAAGAAAUCGGUACCCCUUUCAACAAUGAAUUCUGUGCGCAUGUUUUAGAUGAAUGAAUCUAGGCUAGGGCGAUUUUAUUGCACAGCGCACGUAUAUAAGCUGCUGAAGGGCGGUACGACAAUUUCUCUGCAACAAACCUUUAGCUUAAAACCAUUACAAAACAUCAGCAAGUACACACGCAGAAGAGUUUUUGUUAUUAAUCUGGGGUUAAAACAUAAUCGAUCGAUUAAUAAACCCCUACCAGAUUCCUAAUAGGCAAGGUGGUGACAAUUGUGGAAAAGUUAUAGCGGGAAAGAUGAACAGUAAUAAUAUCAUUUAGUAUUCUCUAUAUAUAUACAACAAUAUAUAUAUAAAAUAUAUCGAUAUAAACAAAAAGGAAGCGCAUAGAUACGUCGGCAAAAUGUACGUAGAGAAGAAUGAAUUUCCAUGAAAUCGAGCCAAGAAUGAAAGCAUAACAGAGAGAUCAUUUUCUGCACUUAGCGAAAGGGUGUAACACUGUAACCAGGCAGAAGACGAUUGAAUCGUCGGACUGUAGGUGAAACAGGUAAAGAAUUAAGCACCGCCACCAUUUAUUCAUGCACUAGUAGAAGCAGAAAACGUUCACGUUCGUCUGGUAGUAGGAAAACAAAAUUUCACCGUUUGGAUUGUAUUAAUCCAACCGAGAUUCAGAGGAUGAUGCGAAUUUAAAGGUUUUUGUCAGUUACUUAAAUAUUGUUCAUGAUCUUUUUUUCGGAUUAUUAUUUGAUCUUCCGUACGUUGAACGUAAGUCAUUGUUAAGACGAAUGAAUUGCUCUUUCUCUGCCAUUCGUGUACGGCUAUGAGUUCCGAUACCCAUCUGUUUGCAUCAUAUCACUUGACAGUGUUCAAGACUUAAACCAGUACUUAGUAAGUUACCAGUUACCAGUGUACUUAUAUCGUAACUUGUGUUGACUAUGAACUAUUGUAUUAUUCGUGUUCUUAUUUUGUGUUUACGAACAGCGUACAAUGGAAUGACAAAUGGAAUGAUAAAUGCUAAUCGAUUCACGAAAUUCACUUUUCCUACUACCAGACGAACCAUCUAGCGACAAACAAUGAUAAAUGUGCAUAUACCAGCGACAAAUCAAUGUGGAAGUGUGUAUUAAAGGCGAUAAUCAACGAGAGAGGAUGUUUGAUUAUUUAAUGUAUUUUAUUUGUUGUUAAUAACACUAGAACUACCAAGCGGUUUAUCAUUAUUUAUAUUCGAACUACAGCAGAAUUGUUGAACCCCUGGAAUCUUAAUGUGAUGAAAAUGAAGCGUUCCAGUGAAAUUCGACUAACUAAACCGGUAGUUCUAGUGUUAAAAUUGGUUCAACGGUAAACGCAAAGGUUUUAGAUUCAACCAAUGAUAACUUCUGAAAGCAUCACAUUAUUGUGAAACGUUUUCGAUUCAUGCGAGAUAUAGUUUUUUUAUUUAAAAAAUCAUUACACAAAACAUGUUUGCCAACAUUAUUGAUUUCAUUUAACCUGAUAAAGAGCAACAUUACAUCACAAUGAAUUGUUAUGGAUAACAAUUGUAAAAAAAAAACCACAAUCUGGCCGUAACACGUGGACUCUGGAUGAUGAUGAACUGCUAACAUCCGGUAAAACGCCGGCACAUAUCUUAGGCACACGUCAGUUAACAGCAAAAUAAUGUUCCCCUUUCUGGUGGCGCUGAAUGAUUUUUUCGCUCUCUGGUAGACGACAGCAAGGAAAUGAUCGUAACAGUAAUGUUUUUAUUCGGCUUCGAGAUCAGCUCGAGGAGCAGCGCGCCUGCGAAUUUGUACUAAAUGGCGCCAAAACAGUGUUUACAAAGAUGUGAUAAAAUUAUUCGUGAAACAGACCGUUUACAGUACCAGAGAGAAGGAAGAGGGCAAAAGGAAAGGAAUAGAAUAAGGACGGGGAAAAAACAAAUAUUCAGGUAUAUGCAUGCAACGAUUUCAUUUACACCAUCGACAAAUCAAUCAAACUGACCGAAGCGUCUACCUACAAUAUUGUAUUGCUAAUUUUCUGUUUUCGUAGUACCGGUGGGCGCGUGUGUUGUUUCUUUCUGCUAUUCAAGUUAUCAAUUUAUUUGUUUUUCUGAUAUAUGUCGCGACGCAUCCGUUUUGCUUUUCUCGGAACAUACCGUUUCACUAGUGCAUUUCACCCCUUGUGAAAGCUAGUGCACACAAGUAUAGUAUUAUUCAUGUUUGUAAUAAUAGUUUCAGCAGGUAACAUGUGUAACAGUGUAUCGUUACAUAGGCUGCUGUAUCAUCAAUCGAUCGGACAUGUCAACGAUUUCUAUUGUUUUGAACGUGUCGCCACAUAUACGCAGAAUCCGUUGAAUUGAAGAAUAAGCGUGAAAACAACAGUAACCGCAAUCAGUAAUGAAUUGUGUUUUUCCAUUGCUUUCACUAUUACUAGCUGGUAACUUUUACAUCGGUUAACUUACGAAACGAAUCGUUUAAAAUCUUUAUCUGAGUUUAGUUUCUUUCACUUUUGCUCUUAAGUUGCUCUUAAACCACGUUUUACAACAGCCAGAUAAGGUGUACAUCCACUCGUUUGGAUGCACACUGGCAUAAAACAAGAAAAUUUCCCAAAAGGCUUUCAUUGUUAAGCAGGUUCUUAUGAUUCUUUUUUUUAUUUAGAGAAAAAUGUUUAUGUUUAUUUUAUGUAGUCUUCAUACCGAUCGUUACGGUGCGCCGUUACGGUUCGGUCGAUAUUUUCUUCCAUUUGAUUUGGUAUUUUGUUUCCAAAGCAAAAUAGAAAAACAAAACAAGCGUGUGUGAAAGCGAAAAAGAGCAGUGAGGACGGAUUAAUACAAGAAAAAAGAAAUGUUACAAAACGGUACAUCACACACGUGUGGGUGCGUAUAGGAUUUAUUUCGCCAUUUGAAAAUGUACACCUUCCAAUGUUUUAUGUUUAUUGCUAUUUUAAUUAUUUUAUUUUACCCGUAGUAAUGUAAUAUUUUUUAAGCGAACUAUUGCGCACGAAAAGGUAUGCGAGAUAGAUAGCGAGAUAGGACGCAAAAAGGGGUAAGAAAUUGGCAACCCGGAACCAGACAAAAUCAAUCAACACUAGGAAAAAUGGAGGCAAAAUCCACACGCACGUUCCGCGUUUGUGUGCGAAUAGGUUAAGUGCAGAGAGUAUUUUACGCAAGGAGAGUACAUAUUAUUUUCUAACUGAUGCUUUAGUUGUAGCUGUCCUUUUUAUAAACAUGUGUUAGAUACAUUUCCUUAUCUUUACCGGGAGCAUGAUUAACGAGCUGUAUGAGCUUACAUACUGCACGUUCAUGUGCUGCUUGCCGGAAAAUGAGUUACAAAAAUGGAAAAGAAGGAAAACCAGCAACGUGUGAAACGAGAUGGUGCAGAGAAAGAAGAAUAUCAUUAAAUUGCAAAAACGAAAAAGGAAAAAAAAUGCGCAAGGAGAUUGGUGUACGAAUGUUAAGUUCUGUCACGCCAAUGACAAGCACAAGCAGUUCUUCAUUUUGCAUGGAUUUAGUUUGUUUUGGGUUCGCGCUGACCAUACUCAUGGUUUAUACUGUUCCUUUUUUUAACGGUUCCAUCAAAUUCAUAGAUGCGAAGGUAUAUUUCUCCGUGUUACGUUUUGCCAAAGCCAUAUGACUCUCGAACGGUAUAUAAGAUCCUCCACAACACAAUCGUGUCACGCACGUUUUACAACGAAAAACAUCAGACAAAUCAGAUAAGACUAGAAAAGCGAAUAAGGAAACGGAAUGAAAGAGGAUAAUUACACAUUAUGUGCAACAUACAGGGCACAGUUCAAGCCAAUGCAUAAAAUUCCUCUGAUAAGAUCGUUCACGAUAAAAGAAAAAUGAUGAAGCAAUUUCAGUAUUUAAUGGAAAGAAGAAAGAAAGGAUGAAAGGAAAGGAAAAAUGAAAAGAAAAGAAGCAACAGUAUAAGACAAGGCAUGGAAAUGGGAGCAUGUCCGAUUGGUGCCAGGAGCAAAUCAAAAUAAGCACAUAAAUCCAUGGCAAAUUGCAAGGAAAUGGAGGACAUAACUAGAAAAAAAAAAACAGAAUAAAACAAAACCACAUACAAUCAACAAUCAUUCAAGUGAAAUGGCAAAAUAGAGACAGGCAAAGCAAA